CACUAGGCUCCCAUCAGCUCACAGCCAAUGAGAAGUCAGAGUCCAGCCUUUUUAGGCUCACUCAGGAGGUGAAUGUAUUUAUAUGUUCUGGCCCACGAGGACCGCGUCCAUCAGUCUCUGCACACAUCGGCCCUUUUCAGCCUUCAGAUCUGAUCAUGUCUCACUCAGGCACCCAAGGCAGCAUCGGCAGCCACCCUGCCACCGGGCUACGCAACCACAAGAUAUACCUCUAUGAGUAUGAGAAUUUCCAAGGCCGUCGGAUGGACCUGUUCGGGGAGUGCCGUAACCUGAGUGAGAAAGGUUUCAAGAGAAUUGGCUCCAUCAGAGUUGAGUGUGGACCAUGGGUGGGAUAUGAGCAGCAGAACAUGACAGGUGAGAUGUUCAUGCUGGAGAAGGGAGAGUACCCCCGCUGGGACACCUGGUCCAACAGUUACAGGUGUGACUGCAUGAUGUCAGUCAGACCCGUCCGGAUGGACCCCCAGGACCACAAGAUUUGUCUGUAUGAAUGUAUGAACUUUGAGGGUCGGAAGAUGGAAGUGUGUGAUGAAGAUAUUCCAAGCUUGUGGUCUUACGGCUUCCAGGAUCGUGUCGGCAGCAUUCAGGUCACCGGUGGAACCUGGGUGGGGUACCAGUACCCCGGCUACCGUGGCUACCAGUAUGUGCUUGAAAUGGGCUCCUACAAGCACUGGAAUGAGUGGGGGUCCCACCACCCCCAAGUCCAGUCCAUCCGCCGAGUGAGAGACAUGCAGACGCACCGCCGAGGCUGCUUCGAGCUGACCUCAUAGAUGGAGGAAACAACAGAAGCUCAGAGAAAUGUCACGCUGCUAAACAUCCUCAGAAGCCACUCAAAAAGCCUCUUAGCUUUGAUGGUCCUACACUCACUAAGAGAUUAACAAUCUGUGGGAUUGUACAUGACUGAAUGGGAUUAGAAAUUCUUCAGUAAUAACAAUUUAAACAAGAACAAUCAUUAGUAAUUGUGUAUUAAUUUGUUUCAGCUCUAUUUUCAAUCAAACCCUGUAUUUCUCU